UGACUGCAUCUUAGUUAGAGUAAAAAAUACUCUUAAUUAUUGAUUGCAGCGAUGAUACAUGGUGGCAUAUGUAUUUAGGUCGUGAAUCUUAUUCUGGAAAGACAGACUCAUCUAAAAAGAAAACAAAGUCAACUACAAAAUGCGGAGAAUAUUCCUAGUUUCCACUGCUUCGGGGAUAAGCCAACGACUUUGAUCAAUAAUUUACCAUCAUUCGUUCAUUCAUUCACUCAUUCAUAGGAUAACCUCGUUACGUUGAAGACUUUAAAUCAACACAACGCAACCGCACCUAUCAUUUUCGUCUCCAUGGCUUCCUCAAUCAGUUUUGCUCCUUUUUUACUUCUAUUGCUUGUUAUUGGGUGCACUGCAAGGCCUUUGUAUCGACUUCCUAGCCAAGGUCAUGAUGGAAGUCGGAAGCCCCUACAAACUUUUCGCCCGUAUAACAUUGCACAUCGUGGUUCAAAUGGAGAGCUUCCUGAAGAAACUCGUCCUGCAUACUUGAGAGCUAUUGAAGAAGGUGCAGACUUCAUUGAAACUGAUAUCCUAUCAUCCAAAGAUGGUGUUCUUAUAUGUUUCCAUGAUGUUACCCUUGAUAAUACUACUGACGUUGCAAAUCAUAAAGAGUUUGCUGAUCGGAAAAGAACAUAUGAAGUCCAAGGGGAAAACAUCACUGGCUUUUUUACUGUUGAUUUCUCAUUAAAGGAAUUAAAGUCAUUGAGGGUGAGACAGAGGUUUAGCUUCAGGGACCAACAAUUUAAUGGAAAGUUUCAAAUUAUCACUUUUGAAGAGUUCAUUACCAUAGCACUGGAUGCACCCAGAGUUGUUGGAAUAUAUCCAGAGAUAAAAAAUCCAGUAUUUAUCAAUAAACGUGUGAAAUGGUUGCAUGGCAAAAGUUUUGAGGACAAGUUUGUGGAGACACUUCAGAAAUAUGGGUACAAAGGUUCCUAUUUGUCAAAAGAUUGGUUGAGACAACCUGCAUUUAUUCAGUCGUUUGCUCCAACUUCGCUCGUGUAUAUAUCAAAUAAAACAGACUUGCCCAAAGUUCUCUUAAUUGAUGAUGUUACUGUUCCAACGCAAGACACUAAUCAGUCAUAUUGGGAGAUUACAUCCAAUAAAUACCUAGACUACAUAAAGCAAUAUGUUGUGGGAAUCGGACCUUGGAAGGACACGUUGGUACCUGUGGUAAACAAUUAUAUGAUAAAUCCUACUGAUCUUGUUACUAGGGCUCAUGCACAUAACCUGCAGGUACAUCCAUAUACUUACCGAAAUGAGAACAGGUUUUUGCACUUCAACUUCUCUCAAGAUCCGUAUAUGGAGUAUGAUUAUUGGAUCAAUAAGAUAGGUGUUGAUGGUCUCUUUACAGACUUCACUGGUAGUCUUCAUCAUUUUCAGGAAUGGACCACUAACCGUCAAGAUGAUGAUAACAAAAGUGAAUCCAAGUUAUUGCAUAAAAUUGCUUUGUUGGUCUCCUCUUAUAAAAAACCUUGAAAAGUCAAAUGGUGUAUAAAACUAUUUACAAGAGAUCUUUUGACUAAAGUUUCUGAAAAUUAAGCAAAAUCAAACAUCACUAAUCAGUCACAGUGAGGCAAAA